AUGUCACUCCUUCCAAGACGAGUACUAGCAAAAAGGUGCGUGCAAGAGCCAGACGCCACCAAGGGUGCACAGUACACGUACCCAGUCUAUCAUGAGCCCACACUGCACCACCCAAGCCCGUCAUCUGAAUGCAGCCAGGCAUCUUUCUCUCCGACGGCAUGCUGUCCGUCCAUCGCACGGGACAAACUAGAGAGGCAUUUUCAUGUUCUCGGCACUUUUUACAGCGCGGACCCAACCCAACAUUGA